CAGUAGCAGCCAGCGGCAGGCAGGCAGAGGCGAGAGGAAGGAGGGCGGGCGGCAGGCAGCGCAGGGCACUGGGGCUUUGUUAGCUCGCACACUGUCGCCAAAGCAGCCACGAUGGAGCAAGGGCAGAAAGCUCUGUAAGGAGAAAGAGCAAGGGGAGGAGGACGCACCGACACACACACACAGAGACGCACGCAAACCUAAUCCCGAAGAGGAGAAGAAAGCAGCUCGGGAACACGGCUCCGAGGGGCCCUCCCCUCUCCGCCAGGCAGAGAAAGGCAAGGGCCAUUUUCGUCUCCUUGCAAAGCCCAGCUGGAGCUGACACUCGGAGGCUGCUGUUGCCGUGGUUGCCCUGGAAGAUCCCGCACCCAACCCCUCCGCUUCCCUGUAGCCAAUGAACUCAAUGAACCCAAUGAAACCAUCGCUCCCACCCACCCCACAUGGUGAUGGUUCAUAUGCCUACGAGUCAGUACCUUGGCAACAGAAUACCAAUCAGCCUGCAGGAUCUCUCUCAGUGGUAACCACGGUGUGGGGAGUCAGCAACACAUCCCAGAGUCAGGUCUUUGGAAACCCCAUGGGCCCUGGGGGAAACACUUCUGGCAACCCCAUGAUGCCCAGUGUGGCCAGCAGUGGCUCUGGAAUGAACUCUCCUCCGUUUAUGGGACAGCAGCCUUUCCAGGAGGGCUCCACCGGCAAGGGCUACGUGCAGCCUGGCAUGUAUGGGCGCACCACAUACCCAGGAGGGCCAGGCUUUACUACAAGUUAUACAGGAAGCCCAAAUGGCCCUGGGGGAAUUGGCAUCCCCUCGCACACCGGGAGGCCCCCUGCAGACUUCACCCAAGCUGCGGCUGCUGCUGCCGUUGCAGCAGCAGCUGCCACAGCCACGGCCACGGCUACAGCCACAGUCGCUGCUCUGCAAGAGAAGCAGAGCCAGGAGCUGAGCCAGUAUGGAGCGAUGGGGGCUGGACAGCCCUUCAACAACCAGUUCCUUCCUCACUCGGGACCCCGAGGAUCAGCCGUACCCCCUGGGAUGAAUCCUGCCAACAUGGGUGGCGUGAUGGGUGCUUCUGGAAUGUCUCCCAUGAGCAUGAAUGCAGCCAGGGCUCCUGCCAUAAAUGCCUUGUAUGGUGGACAACGGAUGCCCCAGCAUGGAUACCCCGGCCCUCCUCAAGGCCAGCAGAUCCCCCGGCAGAGCGUCAAGAGAACCUACUCCAGUGAGGGCUAUCCAGGACAGCAGUACAUACAAGGUGGCCAGUACCCCUCCCAGGCUGGACAAUACGCCCCCAAUGCACCUCAGCCAUCAGCUCCAUCCCCCUCAUAUCCUGGCCAUAGGAUGCCUAUUCAGCAGGGAAUGAGCCAGUAUCUUUCUGCCGCUGGCACUGGCGGCCCAUAUUAUAAGCCUACCGAUCAGUUCAAUGGUCAAAAUGCCAAUUUCAAUGGAGGCAACUUCAACAGCUAUGGACAGGCUGCCAUGAAUGGGCCUGGAAGAUCCAUGCCUGGAUACCCCAGCUCCCCACUACCUGGCAACCCCACGCCUCCAAUGACACCUGGAAGUAGCAUCCCUCCAUACAUGUCACCAGGGCAAGAUGUGAAGUCACCCUUCCUUCCAGACAUCAAACCCAAUAUCAAUUCCUUGCACCCCUCUCCCUCUGGCAACCCGUGUGAUGAAUUGCGGCUGACCUUCCCCGUGCGGGACGGCGUGGUUUUGGAGCCUUUUCGCCUCCAGCACAACUUGGCAGUCAGCAACCAUGUCUUCCAGCUCAGGGACUCUGUUUACAAGACCCUGAUGCUCAGGCCUGACUUGGAGCUGCAGUUUAAAUGCUACCACCAUGAGGACCGACAAAUGAAUACCAACUGGCCAGCCUCAGUCCAGGUCAGCGUGAAUGCAACACCCCUGACCAUUGAGCGGGGAGACAACAAGACGUCACACAAGCCCCUCUACCUAAAGCAGGUGUGCCAGCCUGGGAGAAACACCAUCCAGAUCACUGUCACUGCUUGCUGCUGUUCUCACCUCUUUGUCCUGCAGCUGGUACACAGGCCCUCCGUGCGGUCUGUUUUGCAAGGCUUAAUAAAGAAGCGUCUGCUGCCGGCCGAGCACUGUAUCACCAAAAUAAAGCGAAACUUCAGCAGUGGCACAAUCCCCGGGACUCCCGGUCCAAACGGCGAAGAUGGUGUGGAGCAGACAGCCAUCAAGGUGUCUCUGAAGUGCCCCAUCACUUUCCGGAGAAUUCAGCUUCCUGCAAGGGGUCAUGAUUGCAGACACAUACAGUGCUUCGACCUGGAGUCCUACUUGCAGCUGAACUGUGAAAGGGGGACAUGGAGGUGUCCUGUUUGCAAUAAAACAGCCUUGUUGGAGGGACUCGAAGUGGAUCAGUACAUGUUGGGUAUUCUGAUCUAUAUUCAGAACUCCGAUUACGAAGAGAUCACAAUCGACCCGACAUGCAGCUGGAAGCCUGUGCCCAUCAAGCCUGACAUCCACAUCAAGGAGGAGCAGGACGGGCCCGUGCUGAAGCGCUGCCGCACCAUGAGCCCCACCCACAUGGUGAUGCCCAAUGUCAUGGAGAUGAUCGCUGCCCUGGGACCCGGCCCCGCACCGUUCGUACCCUUGCAGCCCCCGUCUGCUGGCAGCGGAAGCAGCGAGUACACCAGCCAAAAUUCAAGCUUUUCUGGCCCAGGAACAUUCUCAGAUUCAUUCCCUGCCGUGAACCCCAGUACCCCAACGUUAAAUGAAUUCAACCAAGGACCUCCCCCCAUCUCCUAUCAAUCAGACAUUCCCAGCAGCUUGCUGACUCCUGAAAAGCCACCGGCUCCCUCUAUCACUGGACAAAUGCCUCCAUCUAGCAGGAUGGAUCCUUCCCACAACCCUGUGCAGCAGGGGAUAAACAACCCCAACCUCACCAGCCAGCCAGGGCAGCAGCUGCAUCAUCGGAACCCUCCCCCACCACAAUCACGACAGCCCAUUGGACAGUCGGGGUCAGGAGGUCAGGCACAUGCAGGCGAUCUCUCCUUCAAUCCUGGCCCUGGGAUGGUGGGACAGCCAGGGAUGCCUGGAGCUACAGAAGGGUCAGAGCCUUCCCUUGAUCUUCUUCCUGAGCUGACGAAUCCAGAUGAGCUGCUCUCCUACUUGGGACCUCCCGACCUCCCCAACAACAGCAACGAUGACCUGCUUUCUUUGUUUGAGAACAACUGAAGUCACCGCUUGUGGAACACAGUCACCAAGGUCCACGCACCAUGUACACACACCUGCACAUCUCUCUCUCUCUCACACACACACACACGCUCAAACAAUCCAUCCCAUAACUUCCCAUGCUCUCAUCAAAGAGAGAGAUCUUGCCUUGUACAGUGGCAGUGCCCCCCCACCCCAGCCCCCAGGGUCCUACCAGCGUAUCAGAACAGUGAUAAGGCAGCCCAGGAACUUUGGCCAGGCAGUAGUCCCAUUUUGUCAGAAUUGCCUCUACCCUGUAGAAGGCGGUCCUGUGGACACUGGGGCAACUUGCUCUGGCUGUUUUGGGAUGCCUUCUGGCCUAGGAGAAAUAGUGGUGCUGGUGGUGGGGAUUGUUCAUGAAGAAUUUGGUUUUAUCAAGAGAUUCAGACCAGGUUAAAAAGAACCAGUCCAGACACGUGGCAGCUGCAUUUGUCCCUGUUGAUCUACCCAAGUGACAUCCUGUAAAUCUGCAGCCAGAGAAGGAAGGAAGGAACAAAGCUGAGCAGUUCCUUCAAACGUUGGUAGGACUGAUGGCUCUCACUUUCUUCCUAUGCAUUUUGCUGGAUCUUAGUCUUGGGAAGAUCAGAUCUGCCUGAACAUGUGAAGCUAUACAGUGGAACAGGUAUCUCCUUGUUUAUACAUUUCCUCAUGCUCUUCAGCCACCCGCUGCCAGGAAGGGCAGAGAUCUGCAGUGCCUGGGAGAGGUCAACAGAGCUUGCUUGCUUUGCUCUUGCAUAUCUUUGGACCAGGACUCCCCCCCCCAGGAACCAGCUCUGCCUAUCCAAACUCCGCAGUUCUGAGGUGGACACAGCAGUUGAGGUUGUCUUGGCAGCACCCAAGGUCCUGGAUGUGUUAGAAUGAGCCAGAAUCCUGAUCCAAAACCUGUCCACGCUCCCUGUUCCAAAGGGUUGGUUCCCAUCAAAGAGCCACACAGAGUGCUCGAGCCAGGAAACUUUUCCAUUGCUUCCCACCGGACUACAGCAGCACAGCAACACAUCUCUGGCUGAGAGAACAGACAGUUCCCCGGACACAACCGACAAGACUGUCUCCAUCUACGGAUGGAUCGUCUACAAGCACAACAAUGUAAAUAAUGUAGAAACACUAAAGGAAACAAAAGUGAGGGUGGAAGGAAAGAGAGGGAGGGAAGGGAGGGGAAAAAUAUUUAAAAGCAAGCUGCAUCACUCUGUUGUACAGUCUCUAGGGCUUCCCAGCCUUGGGGCAAGAGUCCUCUGUAUAAAUGUGCAUAAGCUUCCUAGAUUGUAAUAUAGACCAUUCCACAUGGGGCUGCGUGCACCAUCCAGAGACUUGAUGCAUUUAGCCAUAGCCAGGGCCUGUCCCUUGCAUUUGACAUUGUGUGUCCCACCAAAGUAGGAUCUGGAUGCUGAGUAUUAACUCAUUUUAAUCUUGAGCCCCAGAAAUAAGCGCGAGUCAGUCCAAAACAAUGUGUGUGCGUGCAUCUGUGCGAAUGAGUGUGUGCGCCCGUGUGAGCCUGCCAUUCAUUCCCCUCCAUCCCACUCAGAAACCUACUUGAGUUGAGGUUGCGUUUGGGAUGGUGGCAAAGAGAUCCCAAAGGUUAUCUGACUGCGAAGAACCAAACUGUGGUUUGUGGCCAGGUUUCCUGAGCUGGGGAGUCCCUGUGUCCCAAGUGCUGACAGCUCUGUUGAGUUUUGUGUAUCCUGUUUCAUUAUUGCUAUAUAUUAAAGGAUUCUUUUUGGUGGGGCUCACCAAA